CAACCAUCUGGUCCUAAAGCAAGCUAGCUAGCUCAGUGGAAGAGCGCCGGGCUCAUAACCCGGAGGUCGAUUGAUCGAAACAAUCGCUAGCUAACAUUUUACACUUUUUUAAUGCACUUUUUUUAAGUUGUUCACCAUAUACAUAGCAUAUAUAUAUAUAUAUUUUCCUUCUUCUUCCAUUUCUUUUCCAUUUCUACCCGAGCUACCAACCCUCUCCUUUUCUGUAUUCCAACCCCUUCACUCUUUCAAUAGUCCUCUAUCUAUAUGUAGGUAGGUAAUUAAGCGUGUAUGUGCACAGCAAGGUGUAGCCCAUUUUUAUAGUGAAAAAUUUUAGGGGAUUUACACGCUGUACGUGGCCCCCACUUCCGCUAAACCCUUCAGUUCUUUAGGUACCUAAAAACUUACCUAAGGUACUUAGUAAGUAUCCUCCAUUCUUCAGCCUCGACAUCACUAAAGGCUCCUUUCUUGCUUGGCUGCUAGGUAUAACACGCAACACGCGCUCGCGCUCUCGGACUGUCCAGGCCCCUUGCACAUAGAAACAUGUGCGGCAUCCAUGCGGCAAUCACCACAUCCAAGUACUCCGGAUUAUCAUCUGAGCUGAAGCAGUCCUUGGUGAACCGAGGACCCGACCACUUUGGUCAGGCUCAGCGGGAACUCGCCUGUGCUGAUGCAGAUCGCCAGCUUCAUCUCUAUUUCACUUCGACCGUUCUGGCCUUGAGAGGAGACCAUGUUGCCAAGCAGCCGCUCCAAGACAAGACGCCCGGUGGGUCAGUGCUAUGCUGGAAUGGCGAGGCCUGGCGCAUCGAUGGCCGGCCUGUUGACGGCAACGACGGCGAAGCUGUCUUUUCUAUGCUUCAGUCCUCUGGUUCAUCGUUCCACCAGACUAGAGAGGCCCAUGUGUUAGACGUGCUGCGGAGGAUUGAGGGUCCCUUCGCCUUUGUUUACUACGAUUCUGCUUCUAGCCAGAUCUAUUAUGGCCGCGAUCGCCUCGGAAGGCGGUCUCUCCUUAUCAAACCUUCGGAUGACACAAACUCUAUCACGCUCUCCAGUAUUGCAUCUGUGCCAACAAAUGGCUGGGAAGAAGUUAGUUCCGACGGAAUCUGGUCAAUAAAUUUGGGGUUAUAUAAUGAAGCCUCAAACGAAAGUCCUUUAAAUGACCAUGUCGCCAAGCAUGCCUGGCUACAGUCUAGUAAUGAUGAGAUGGUUUCGAGCAUUGGUAUUUUUAACAAAGAACUGCCGUCCUCAAAGCAUGUGUUGGACUUCAGCUCGCCCUCGCUUCAAAUUCUUAGGUACAAACUGGUGGAAUCCCUAAAGCCGCGUGUUCUAAAAGUCCCUGAGCCACCGAAUCCAACUUCAGACGUCGAUGCCCGCAUUGCUAUCCUCUUCUCGGGUGGCCUAGACUGCACUGUUCUUGCGAGACUUGCUCAUGAGCUUGUGCCUAUCGACCAAGGCCUAGACUUGAUAAAUGUCGCUUUCGAAAACCCACGCCAAGUUGCCAUAGCCGCUACACAACCGCACCUACAGGCUGCAGAUAUGUACGAAGGCUGUCCCGAUAGAGCCACCGGACGGAAAGCCUUUGCUGAACUACAAUCUUCCUGUCCAGGGAGAUACUGGCGUUUCAUCGCUGUAAAUGUCCCAUUCGAAGAAGCCAUGGCCCACAAGGCCAAGAUCUUGUCUUUGAUCUAUCCACAUGACACUGAAAUGGACUUGUCAAUUGGUUUUGCCCUGUAUUUCGCAGCAAGGGGUACGGGAGACUGUUAUGUCAGCCAGAUUGAGUGGCAAUCUUCGCCGCCUGUAAUCAGUACUUCAGCACGAGUGCUUCUAUCCGGGCUUGGAGCAGAUGAAUUAUUUGGCGGCUACUCUCGACAUGAGGCAGCGUUUAAGAGGGCUGGCUAUAGUGGUCUUGUUGACGAAUUGCUGCUAGAUGUUAGCCGCAUUGGGCAGCGUAAUCUCGGUCGAGAUGAUCGCAUCAUGGCGCACUGGGGUAGAGAAGUGCGUUUCCCAUAUCUUGACGAAGAUUUUCUCAAAUUCGCCAUUAGCAGCCCGGUGUGGGAGAAGUGCGAUUUUGAGAAUGCCUUCCAUCCUGCAGUCAUCGACCCAGCGAAGCGACUCCUGAGACUUCUGGCUGACCAGCUGGGCCUCCCCAUUACUGCACGCCAGAAGAAGAAAGCAAUACAAUUUGGCUCUCGGACUGCUAAGAUAGAGAGUGCGACGGGUCGCCUUAGGGGUACAGCCCAAGUAACCGCAUGAGACUUAUUCAACUGCAAGUAAGUGUAGCAUGACGUUCCAUUGGACGCGCCAGUGUUGGGGAUCCCUCGAUCUCGGUUCUUUUGGCGAUGAUGAUAAAAACAGAUACUUCCGAGUUGGUAGUGCUACGGUCCGAGUUCCUUCCUA